CCAGUUAGUGACGCGAUGCCUGGAAAGUUCCACAACCCUUGUAUUUAGAAAUCUGUUUCAAAAUAUUCCUUGUUGUUCUUAGCUUUUUACUUCAUUUAGAAAUCUAUUUGAAAUAUUCUUGAAAUAUUCCAACUAUAUAACGAUGUAAUUUUAAUAUUUAUUUACAUUUCACGUCUGGUUCUAGGCGAAGGAUGCUGAAACAGAUGGCACAACGCAUGCAAGUCGAUCGUGACACUGAGAAUACGGAAUCUACCGAUCCUCUAAACUCCGUUAAACUUUUAUCCAAUGUAACGAUGUGUGAGAUCAAUACUGAAAUGAUACAUUGUCACCAAAUAAAGGAAGAACCAACGGAUACGAAUGAAGGACAACGUGAAACGUACACGGAGGAAGGCGUUUGCAGUGGAAAUAUUGAAUAUCUUGAGGACGAUAAAAGUUUAGUUUUGGCUUAUGUAGAUAAGGUGGAAAAAACAGAGGGCCAUGCGAAAGAAAGCACGCAUAAUCGAAGCCGUGGACAUUCUGAGGCCAAGGAGGACAUCCGUAUUAAUAAUACCUGCUCUACGAACACAUGUAGUACUCAAGAAGAUGUACCUACGCGUCGUUCCAUUGUAAAUUUCUCUUUCAUGUGGAGCGAGAUUCAUAGGACAUUUAACACGCACUCGCGUGGAAUCGCGUGUCAAUUCAAGUACUGGAAUCUCGUCAAUCAUCGUCGUCGCGGAUUACUCACGGAAUUUUUUUUCAAAUGUGACAAAUGUCACUACGAAGCGAGUAUUCAGUCGGAGCCCGAACGGACGAAGACACCGAACAUUAAUGCCACUUCCAUAACCGCGACUGAUGCGGCAGGAAUAAGAUUUUCUCAAUUGAAGCAGCUCUUGACGGCUAUGGACAUUGUUUGAGUAUUAAAAUAAGACUUCUUGGAAGCAUCGAGAAAAUUUGGUUACAGUCCACAGAAGAGAGUGAUACGAACAAUAUAGUUAGUUAGUUGGUUGUUUUUAUUGACUGCUUGACUGGCCCCAAUGGGUUACACGGACUUUUGUUUCCAUAUAUGAAAUAUCAUGCAUGUACAAUUAAGUAAUAUAUAAUAAAUUUAUAUAUUUUUUUA